CCUGCUCACAGCAGAGCUGAUGGAGCCACCGAAGCUUCAGGAGCUGGCUAGCACUUCCCUGCUGUCAUCCUCCAGAGAGGAUCUGGGAUUUGGGCUUACUGCUGGCUGCCAGGGAGAGUCUCAAACCAUGAACUAUGUGGGGCAGCUGGCUGAGAGCGUCCUUGUCAAGGUGAAGGGGCUGUACCAGGAGCUGAACCCUGCCACCCUGUCAGGCUGUAUUGAUGUGAUUGUGGUGAGGCAACCUGACAACUCCUUCAAGUGCUCCCCAUUUCACGUGCGCUUUGGGAAACUGGGAGUGCUGCGCUCCAAGGAGAAGGUGGGAGGAAUGUGCUCUCCAGGAAAAUUGGGAGAGGUCCCUUGCCUCAAAGGCUGUGUGGCUGUCAGCCCUGUUGACAUUGAAAUCAAUGGAGAGCCUGUGGAUCUGCACAUGAAGCUGGGAGACAAUGGAGAGGCCUUCUUUGUUGAGGAGUCAGAGGAACUUGAGGGCAGAAUUCCCCUCUUCCUCCGCACAUCCCCCAUCUGCAAGGAGCAGAGCACAGAGGAUGCUGUUCAACCCUCCACCAGUGCUGGAGUGAUCCUGCGCCAGAGGAGGCGACGCAAGAGAAGGCCCAAGAAGAAUGAGGUGUUGGAUUCUGAUUCUGACAGCUGUGAUGAGACCAAAAGUGAGGUGACCAUAAAGGAGCCAGGCAAGCUGCCAGCCCCAAGUGAUGCAGCCUGUUCAUCCUUUGCUGAUCCCCUUGAAGAAGCUGGGUCAUUGCAGCCCCAAGAGAUAAGCCUGUACUCUGAUGGGGAGCUGCUCGAAGGGGACAGCUUCACCCUGAGCCGUCAAUCUUCUCUUAAAAGUGAUUCUGAACUGGAGAUCAAACCACGGGGAAGUUUUUCUCGGGGGGCUGAAUCCUACAUGAAGUGGACCUGGGGAAUGCUCCCUCAGGUGAAUAAAUUCAUGCCAGGUAAACCAGCAAAGUCCACAAAGAGUAUUGCUGCUGCAGCAGCCACCAACUCUGCAACACUGGUGCCAGUGGAUGAUGAAACCCCUCUUGUUGCCACCUCUGAACAUCUGAGAGAGGAUUCAAGCCCAGCAGGACCUCAGGGUAUAUCCCCUUCUUUGUCUGUGUCUGUAUCUGAGCCAACACUUGCACCCCAGGCUGGGAACAGCAUCUCCAGGCUGAAGGACAUCCUCCGUGCUGUCAGGGCAAAGAGAUUUUUGGGGGCCUUCUCAGUCCCACAAGAGAAACCGAAGGGAGAUGUGAAUGAGGUUCAGCCAGAUGUGGAGCCUUUUGAGGGACCUACUGCUCCAAGGCAGGGAGGCUCAGAAGGCCCCACAUCCCAGCUGGAGAGGCAGAGGAGGCAAGGAUCCAUCAAAAGAAGUCCUUACUUGGGUCCCAGUGCCAUUUACCUGGAAGAUUUCUCGGAGCCAGACAAGAAGCCGGUGGCUCUCUAUUUCCCUGAGAGUGACACAGAGCAGAGUUUGAGGCCUGUGACAGACCCCAGCAACCCUCUGUGCACCCAGCUGCCCUCCACCUCGCCUGCCAGCAGCCCCAUGGACUCCGACUCAAUGCCCACUGUUGCCCUGUCACUGUGUGGGGGCCUCAGGGGCAACAGGCAGAUCUCUCAUGAGAAGUUCAUGGAACACAUGGUUUCCUACCAGCAGUUUGCUGAGAAUCCAAGGCUCAUCAGUGACCCAAACCUGGUGAUAAUGAUCAAUAAGAAGUAUUACAACUGGGCUGUGGCUGGUCCCAUAGUCCUGGCCCUGCAGGCUUUCCAGAGGAACAUUCCUGAGAGCAUCAUUGAUGAAUUGGUGAAGGAGAAGAUGUCCAAGAAAGACAGAAGAUGUUACUUCUGGAGGAGGAGAGAAUUCUCAACAGAGGAGCAGCAGCCAAGGCUGAGGAAAGCCAGCGUGGGAGCACUGUGGCGAAGAGGAGCUUGGCAGAGGCAAGAGGAAAAGGAGUCUUCCAGUGACAGUGAGCCCCAGCACCCUGGGGACAUGUUGGCAAUGGUGGGCCCUGCUCAGAAACCUCUGCCAACCAACAAGAUAGGGCAGGAGGAAAAGGAGUCUGAAAAAGAGUCUUCCAGUGACAAUGAGCCCCUGCACCCUGGGGACAGGUUGACAGUGAAAGCCCCUGCCCAGAAACUUCUGCCAGUCUACAAGAAAUCCCUGCGGCUCUCCUCUGAACAAAUUGGAAGGUUGAAUCUGCAGGAUGGCCCCAAUGAGGUGGCGUUCAGCGUGACAACUCAGUACCAGGGCACGUGUCGCUGUGAGGCCACUAUCUACGUGUGGAACUGGAACGAAAAAGUGGUGAUCUCAGACAUCGAUGGCACCAUCACCAAAUCAGAUGCUCUUGGACAGAUCUUGCCACAGCUGGGUAAAGAUUGGACUCACCGUGGGAUUGUUAAACUCUUCCACAAAAUCCACCUGAAUGGCUACAAGUUCCUCUACUGCUCGGCCAGGGCUAUUGGCAUGGCCCACAUCACCAAAGGCUACCUCCAAUGGGUCAAUGAGCAAGGCUGUGGCCUCCCCAUGGGCCCCAUGCUGCUCUCCCCCAGUAGUCUCAUGUCUGCCUUCCACAGGGAGGUGAUUGAGAAGAAGCCAGAGGUGUUCAAGGUCACCUGCUUGACAGACAUCCAAAAACUGUUUGCUACAAAGUGUCCCUUCUACGCGGGCUUUGGGAACAGGCCCAGUGAUGUCUAUGCUUACAAGCAAGUGGGGCUGCCAGAGAGCCGCAUAUUCACCGUGAACCCCAAGGGAGAGCUGAUCCAGGAGCUCAGAAAGAACCAGAAGUCAACAUACGAGCGGCUGUCGGAGCUGGUGGAGAUCUUCUUCCCUCCUGUGGGACAGACGGGGAGCACUGGGCAGGACUAAAUGCUCCAGGUGCACCUCAUCCUCCCUGCUUGCUGCUUGGGCAUUUUGCACUUGGCAUAGAGAUCACCACACCACUUAGCAGGGAGCAAAACGGGAUAAGAGAGAGCUCUGACUCAUCAAAAACUCCACUUGCAAAACACAAACUCCUGA